CAGGGUUUGGGAAAGCAGCGUCUUGGGCAGUGCUGUUGCAGCCACCAAAGGGCAGCACUGCUCAGCUUUUAGCACGCUGCUUGCUGUUGGGGUUUGCGGCGCACCUCGAGAAUGUCUCGGAUUUCUCAAUCCAAAAAAGGGAGCCGGCGUCGCUCCUCGAAAAUAUCUCGGAUUAUAGAAUCCAUAUCGCCCGACGUUUUUACCCAUCCUUACAGCCCCUAUCCUCCAAUAUUUGAAAAUAUGAAUCUGCGUUCUGUAUUUACUGCAGAACAACAAAGGAUAUUGCAGCGUUAUUAUGAAAAUGGAAUGACAAAUCAGAGUAAAAAUUGCUUUCAGCUCAUAUUACAGUGUGCACAAGAAACUAAGCUGGACUUCAGUGUAGUCAGGACCUGGGUUGGCAACAAAAGAAGGAAGAUGAGCAGCAAGAAUGUUGUGGAUUCUGGAGGCACCCCAUCAGGGACUGUUGCCAGCACGUUGAACAUACCUACAGUAACGAAUGUCCGAAGCAUAGCCAACCUUGCUUCCCCCCAAACCCAACAGGCAUCUUGGACGUCCUCCAACAACGAUGUCAUGGUAACCGGUGUAUACACCCCAGCCAGAUCUUCUCACAGGCUGGUGUCCACUAAGCAGUCCAGUGCAUCGGUGAGUGAUCUGCAUAAAAAUUCUCUUCCAAGGCCACAAACAAAAAGUGAACCUGAGUUUCAGCGGCAGCAGAUUGCAGUGGCACAGCAAGCCCCCCACUGUAAAAAUGCUUCUCUGUUCCUGGGAGAAAAGACUAUUAUCCUGUCAAGGCAAACAAGUGUGUUAAAUUCAGCAAAUUCUAUUUAUGACCAUGCUAAGAAAAGCUAUGGUGGUUCUUCGGUUCAGACUGCAGAGUUGGUUUUACCUCAGAAGCCCAUGUUGUGCCACAGACCAAGCAAAGUGGAACAGAUGGGAUGUCAAAGGUUACCGAAACCGGAGCAUCCGAUCCUAGCCUCACAUGUGCCAUCUGGGCAAAGGGCCAGCAUUAGAGAUCCUUCCUGCAGCACACACAAUGUGGAAAUUCGAGAGGUUUUUUCCUUGGCUGUUACCGAUCAACCUCAGAGAAUCCUGGGAGGAAAUACUCAGAAGCCACCGUCCUCUUCUGCAGAUGGCAGUUAUUUGUCCAUUGCCAUGGAAACGGGGGAUGUCGAUGAUGAGUAUGCUAGAGAGGAAGAAUUGGCAUCAAUGGGUGCCCAGAUACAGAAUAACCCCCGACUAAGGGGCACAUCCCUCAUGGUGGAGAACCCAGGCACAGGCCCAGCAGGGUCAGGCAGAAGUGUUGGCUGCAGUUCACACUUGGUUAAUUCCAGGGACUUGCACAACAGUACCCCGUAUCAUAACAGAGACUACCACUUGCCUCCACGUACCUCCUUGCAUACUAUGUCCAGCACACUAUAUAGCAGUUCUUAUCCAUCAAGAGGUAAUCUGUCUUCUCAUUCUGCAGCUUCCAAUCAACGAAGGCUGUCUCAAAACCAAAAUAAUUACCAGAUUUCAGGAAAUAUUCCUGCACCUUGGACUAUGGGAAGUUCUCGAAAAAGAGCUCUACAAGACCGUACACAAUUCAGUGACCGGGAUUUAGCUACCCUUAAGAGAUACUGGGACAGGGGCAUGACGAGCCUUGGUGCAAUUUGCAGAGAGAAAAUUGAAGCAGUCGCUGCGGAGUUAAAUGUUGACUGUGAAAUAGUACGGACUUGGAUUGGGAAUCGAAGACGAAAAUAUCGUCUAAUGGGAAUUGAAGUCCUCCCUCCUCUAGGUGGCCCUGCUCUUUUCCCCAAUCAAUCUGAUUCCAGCAGUAGAUCAAUAACCAUUCCAGAAGAUGAUGCUUCGACAGAUGUUGGAGAUGAUAAUGACAGGAAUGAUGAAGUUUCAAUAUGUUUAUCAGAAGGAAGCUCACAAGAAGAACAAAGUGAAGUUCUUCAGAAUGAAGACACUGGCCACGGAAGAGAAGACCAGGCUACUCUAACUGACACUAAUGGGACAAUACAAAUCAUAGACGAUGAAGAAGAUGGUAUGAUAAGUGAAAUAGAACAAUUGAAUUGUCUUCUGGAAUUCAAAACCCAGGAAGUAAGGUUCGUUGAAGAAGACCUGGAGCAUGAAAAAAAGAAAUAUGUUGAGCUACAGGCUUUCACUCGGCGUUUGAUACUUGCUGUCAAAAUGGAUGAUAAAGAACAGCAGCAGGCACUUCUGGCAGACUUGCCUCCAGAUUUAGAAGAGAUGGAUUUCAAUCAUUCAUUUCCGGAACCUGAUGAUACCUCGUUCAGCUUGUCGUCUUCAUCGGAGAAAAACACCUCGGACAGUUUGUGAUCUUUGAUGCAAUGCAAUGUACUUGCCUAAUCUGUAUGUUUUGAACAAAUUGCAUUUUGUUGGCCAGUACCCUUGAAUAUGAAGGUGGGGGGUAGGGGUGGAGGUGGGGAGACUAGCAGCCUUGUUAACUGGGGGAGGUAGGUGGUAGCCACAAAUUCAGAAUUUUGUUUUUGUUUUUUUAUUUUGGUGAAUGUGAAAGCUACUUGAGAAAAAUACACUAUGGUUCUAGCAUCUAUUCCUUGGUUAUUGUACCUUUUUAUUCAUUACUGACCUGCUUCGGUAACAAAGCCCUCCUCUGAGCAGGGCAAUAAGUAAAAUGGAGAAAAAGUUGUGAAUUAUGCUAACAGUUCAACCAUACUUUCCUAAUCUAGCCCACUAGUUCUGUUCAAUGCCUUCGCUCCCUUGCCCCUCCUCAGGUAGGUUAGCAGGUCACUGGAAAUUAAGGCCUUCAGGAGAUCAGUGAAUAAAAGUUGGGCCCUCACUAAAAUGAUGAUGGUGAUUCCAAACAAGGGAUCAAGCUAAAGAAGCUUGCAAUUGUACCUAACAGCAAAUCAUUGCUUCUUCUCUCUUCUCCACCUUUCUCUAAUGCCUGAAAAAUUAUUGGAAGAGUAAAGCUAGCUAUCUUAAUUGAUUUCAGUAAAUUAUAUUGUACAUAGUGGCAGAUGGAAAUCCUGAACAAAAAUAGUUGGCUUUUUUUUUAAAGGAAUACCCAAAUGCUAGGAAAAGCAACAAUUUCCAGUAGCCCCAAGACUCUCUUCCAUUGUACAUAGUGAGAGUGUGUGGCAAUAACACUGGAGAAGUCACAAAGGAACAGCAUGUACACAGAUCCAAAAUUUGCAUUUGACUUCUGUAGCUUAUUUAUAUGACCAAGCCUCAGCUGAAGGCUGCCCAGAAGAUGCUUUUGUAGUUCACAGGGGAGCCUUCUCCUUGGCUGAGACUGAGAAUCAACAGACAGAGCUUGGGAACCUGAGGACUGAGAGAACUGUUGAUAAAUGAUGUUCCCAAUGGAAGUACUCCCUGGCAUUGCUAUUUGGAACAGCUGCUCAAUUCAAAUAUGAAUUAGCCUAGAUUCCCCCCCCCCCAUACCAACAACAACAACAACAUUCACUUGUGAAUUGGCUGUGGCAAACAGACCAGUAACUUAAAAACACUUUUAAUAUGUUCCUGACUUGGAAGUCAUUUAUUUCAAUUUGUUAGGCAAAUAUGAGCGCAUGCAGAACUGAGCUUGGUGACAAAUGCAUUUUAGUCACCCGUAUCUGUUGCGUGGGUCGAAAUCUUGAUGUGCAUCAAGUGUUCAAAAUAAUGAGUUUUGAGAUAUCCAACACACACACACGUCACUAUUUUCCCCAGCUCUUAGGACUGAGUCUGUUUAACCACUUCAAUAAUUUUUAUCUACAGUUGCAUAUGUUAGAUCUUUAAUUGGAUGUUGAAAGUGUUAGAUACUCCCCCCCCCCAUUGCCAAGAAAGAUGUAUGGUUUGCUCUUUGGGAUGCUAUUUCUCUUUUAAAAAGACGCGUUUUAUUAUUUCUCUGAUUCAGUAACAAAACUUGGUGUGAAACAGCUGUUAUCCUACUCCCAAAGUAACCUUGCACAUCAUUGCUAGCCUCCUUCACUCUGUCCAUCACAGCCUCAACGUGCAGCUCUCCUCCCACCCACCCUCCCUCCCUUUCAACUGCUUUGGUCCUUGCUUGAAAUGGUAAAGGGAAACAGCUUCAAUAGAAAAACAACUUCCCCUUAUCUCAAGAAGAUAAUUUUAGUGGCAAAGAGAGAAGAGGUGUUACAACUUGACUUUUUAUCCAAG